GUAGACAAUGACCGGAGGGAUCUGGAUAUGAACAACAAAGAAGUUGAUGCUGAGAAGAUUACUCGUUUUGUUCGGAUGAAUGAGCUCCGCCUGGUUACAGAGUACAACCCUGUGACAGCAAUAGGUGUGAUGCAGAGUUCACUCCAGCUUCACCUUCUCCUGAUCACAGACAAGAUGUCCCCAGAGCACCCUGAACGAGUGCGCAGAUAUCGGGCAGCAGCAGAGCUCUUCAAGGGGAAGAUUCUUUUUAUUCUGCUAGACAGCAAUUUGAAGAGCAAUGAACGAAUAGUGUCAUUCUUCAAACUAAAGAAGUCUCAGCUGCCAGCCCUAGCUAUAUUCCAUGCACCAGAUGAGGAGCAGGAUGUGUUGACUCUGGAUGAAGUCUCUGUUGAGCGUGUGCAGGACUUCUGUAAUCAUUUCUUACAAAGAAUGGAGGAGAAUGAAGAUGAACCUGAGGAGAAGGUCUUCAAUGAGGAACUCUGA